AAUGAUCCUUUUAUAUCGCAUGGCUCACUUUGUACACUGCGACAGAUCAUUUACACACUGUCAGAUAUGAUAUGUGAUGCGAUUACAUGCGCCGGCUGCCGUUAUUUGGAGCAGGAUGAGCAGGACGAUCAGGCGACGAGCUUCGCAGAAUUCCUGGCGAACUGUCAACACGCGAAAUGCAAGGUGGUUCGCCUGGUUCGUCAGCAAAUAAGUAAACUGCAGAACACGCAGUACGAGCACUUCCCGAUCGCAGGCGACGCGCACGAUGAAAUUCACGAAGAAAGCAAGAGCGAAUCGUCCAGCAAAAUGCACGAAGAACCCCACAGGGAGGAGGAUGUUCACGAAAUAUACGGUGAAAUACAUAAGCCGUACAAUGACGUGUACGAAGUAGAAGGCGGAGUACAGACGCAAGAUAAAGUAUACGAAAUGCAGAAACCAGUUGCAAUUGUAAAACAAACUGUCGGAAUGGAGAACGCAAUAACGAACAUAACGACCGCAUCCUUCCAUCGCGCGGCAUCUCCUGGGAGAGCGGUGGACCGCAAGUGGAUGCUGUGGAUCCUGGAUCGCGUUCGUCAUCGAGCACAUCUGAUACUGGCGGCCGCAGUGGUCGGCGUGAUAGCCUGGACUGCUUUGGUAUACGGUGUCUUCCUGGGUGCGACGACCUGUGGAAGCGGUCGCACCUGCUUCGCCUCAUCUCUUAAAUACACGCACGCCAAGCGCUCGCUGUUUUAGACAUAGCCUGUUAUUUUAACUUGCGCAUUUAUUAACGUUUCCGUGAACGGUAAUUAAAGUUUAUUGAGGUUCAACUUAUCCUCAUUCCAAUUUUACCUGCGGCAAGAAACGAAAAUUAGAUGGCAGUUGAUUUUAAUUAAGAUUUAUGAAAAUUCAUCUAUAUGUGUGUAUACUUUCUUGCAAUAUUUUGCGCGAAAAAUGUCUGCCCAAUUCGUAUA